AGCAGCAUCAACCCGGCGGGAGGCGGGAGGCCGGAGCCAGAGAGGCCCAAAAGGCUGCGGAGUGAGCCGGCCGCUCGGUGUCCAGCGACCCCCCCCUCGUCCUUCUUCCUCGGCCGCCCAGCCCUAAAUUUCGACCAGCUUUUUCGCCUACGGAAAUCCUAGGGAGGGGGUUAGGAGCAGCUGCGCCCCCCUCCCUGCGACUGCCGCCCCCUGCUUUUUCGGCGCUGCUCCCUGCCGCGUGCGCCCGGGCAGUGCACCUCGGCAGGCCCCAGCCAUGUCGAUGCUGCCGUCGUUCGGCUUCACGCAGGAGCAAGUGGCGUGCGUGUGCGAAGUUCUGCAGCAAGGCGGGAACCUGGAGCGUCUGGGCAGGUUCCUGUGGUCGCUCCCCGCCUGCGACCACCUGCACAAGAACGAAAGCGUGCUCAAGGCCAAGGCCGUGGUUGCCUUCCACCGCGGGAACUUCCGCGAGCUCUACAAGAUCCUGGAGAGCCACCAGUUCUCGCCUCACAACCAUCCCAAGCUGCAGCAACUGUGGCUGAAGGCGCACUACGUGGAGGCCGAGAAGCUGCGCGGCCGGCCGCUGGGCGCGGUGGGCAAAUAUCGAGUGCGCCGAAAAUUCCCGCUGCCGCGCACCAUCUGGGACGGCGAGGAGACCAGCUACUGCUUCAAGGAGAAGUCACGGGGCGUGCUGCGCGAGUGGUACGCGCACAACCCAUACCCCUCGCCUCGUGAGAAGCGGGAGCUGGCCGAGGCCACUGGGCUCACCACCACCCAGGUCAGCAACUGGUUUAAGAACCGGAGGCAAAGAGACCGGGCCGCGGAGGCCAAGGAAAGGGAGAACACUGAAAACAAUAACUCCUCCUCCAACAAGCAGAAUCAACUCUCUCCUCUGGAAGGGGGCAAGCCGCUCAUGUCCAGCUCAGAAGAAGAAUUCUCACCUCCCCAAAGUCCAGACCAGAACUCGGUACUUCUGCUGCAGGGCAAUAUGGGCCACGCCAGGAGCUCAAACUAUUCUCUCCCUGGCUUAACCUCCUCGCAGCCCAGCCACAGCCUGCAAGCCCACCAACAUCAGCUCCAGGACUCCCUGCUGGGCCCCCUCACCUCCAGUCUGGUGGACUUGGGGUCUUAAGUGGGGAGGGGCUGGGCCUGGAAGCAGUGACUAGGGACACCUGUAAAUAGAAAUCAGGAACAUUUUUGCAGCUUGUUUCUGGGGUUCUCUGCAUAUAAAGGAAUGGUGAACUUUCACAAAUAUCUUUUUAAAACUCAAAACCAACAGCAAUCUCAAGCUUAGUUGCCUUCUUCUCUCCGACUCUUGCAUUUCCCAUCCCAGUGCAGAGAUCAGGAAAAAAAAAAAAAACCCAAACAAACAAAAGCACCCAGUCACCCAGUCUUGGUUCUGGGCAAUCCAUGUGCCAGCUUCAGUAGCCUUUCUUUUUUUUUCAGUGAAUGGGAAUUACAAAUCAACUGGAUUUUAAAUAUUUCCUUUUAAUUUAUUUAUGGAAAAGUCUUUUUGGGAAGAGGAAAAGGAAAUGAAGAAAGAGAGAGAGAAGUCAAAAUUGUGAAAAUAAGAGCCUCCAGCCAGGAGGAACUGGUUGCAUUCUUAAGGUGAAUAGAAAAAAUAUGAUCUUAUAACUUUUUGAUGGGGAAAAUUAAGUUUACAUUUUUCAUUAUUUAGUGUUAAACACUUUUAUGUAGAUUAAAAUGAAAGAACAGUAUUAGGGGGAAAAAAAAGUGCCUAAACGUCUUAAUGCUCUCUGUGUAAGGCAAUUAGAAAUAGCAGUGACCAUUAGUAAUACAACUAUUUUUGUCAAAUUUAGUGGGGUUUUUGGUUGUUGUUUGUUUUCUUGGGUUUUUUUAAUGGCAAACUUUAAAAAUGUACCAAUGUGAAAAAAACACUUUCCUGAAUGCCAUUACUUCUCAUGCCCUUGAAGCUUUCAUAUCUGUAGCCUACUCCUGUUAAGGGUUUCUUUUGUUCCUAGUUUCUAGCCUGCAAAAAUAUACGACAAAUCUGGCAACCUGGUAUUUGUUACUAAAACAGCAUGUGUUUUCAGGUUUCUUUUCUAUUGUACCUAAACCAGUCUAAAUUAAAACUUAGUAGAACACCAGGAGUA